CUUCCCGCCCCGGCGCCGUGCGCAUGCGCGGUGCCCUUUGUGUCCCGGGCGGGCGGGCGGCGCGGGGCAGGCCGGGCCGCUGUGAGCGCCGCCGCGCCGCCGCUGCCGCCGAGGGCGGGGAGGGUGGGAGGUAGAGAGGCGGAACAACCGGCUCCGCCAUGGUGAAGAAGCGGAAAGGCCGCGUCCUUAUCGACUCCGAUACUGAGGAUAGCGGUAGCGAGGAGAACCUAGAUCAGGAGCUCUUGUCGUUGGCCAAACGGAAGCGUAGUGACUCUGAAGAAAAGGAGCCACCUGUGAGCAAACCUACAGCAUCUUCAGACUCAGAGACGUCAGACAGUGAUGAUGAGUGGACUGUUGGAGGUUCUAAAAACAAGAAAAAAGGAAAAGCGGGUAAGGCAGAGAAGAAAGGAACCAUGAAAAAGCAGACGAACAAAGCUGCCUCUUCAGGCAGCUCAGAUAAAGACAGCUCGGCUGAGAGCUCAGCACCUGAAGAGGGAGAAGUCUCUGACUCAGAAAGCAACAGCUCCUCAUCUAGUUCAGAUUCAGAUUCUUCAUCUGAAGAUGAAGAAUUCCAUGAUGGCUAUGGAGAAGAUCUGAUGGGAGAUGAAGAAGAUCGAGCUCGACUGGAGCAAAUGACAGAAAAGGAGAGAGAGCAGGAGCUGUUUAACCGGAUAGAGAAGAGAGAAGUGCUAAAAAGAAGGUUUGAAAUCAAGAAGAAACUAAAAACGGCAAAAAAGAAAGAAAAGAAAGAGAAAAAGAAAAAGCAAGAGGAAGAGCAGGAGAAGAAAAAACUCACACAGAUCCAGGAAUCCCAGGUCAUGUCACAUAACAAAGAGCGGCGAUCAAAGCGGGAUGAGAAGCUAGACAAGAAAUCUCAGGCAAUGGAGGAGCUAAAAGCAGAAAGAGAGAAAAGGAAGAACAGAACAGCUGAAUUGCUUGCAAAAAAACAGCCAUUAAAAACUAGUGAAGUAUACUCUGAUGAUGAAGAGGAGGAAGAGGAUGAUAAGUCUAGUGAGAAAAGUGAUCGCUCAUCCAGGUCGUCAUCCUCUGAUGAAGAGGAAGAGAAAGAAGAAAUUCCUCCUAAGUCCCAGCCAGUGUCCUUGCCUGAAGAACUGAACCGAGUGCGGUUAUCACGACACAAGCUGGAGCGCUGGUGUCAUAUGCCCUUCUUUGCCAAGACAGUCACUGGCUGCUUUGUCCGAAUUGGCAUUGGAAAUCAUAACAGCAAACCUGUUUAUAGGGUUGCUGAAAUAACUGGUGUGGUAGAGACUGCAAAAGUUUACCAGCUUGGUGGUACCCGGACAAACAAAGGACUACAGUUGAGGCAUGGCAGCGAUUCACGUGUGUUUCGUUUGGAGUUUGUCUCAAAUCAGGAAUUUACUGAAAGUGAGUUUAUGAAGUGGAAAGAAGCGAUGUUCUCUGCUGGGAUGCAGCUACCCACACUAGAUGAGAUAAACAAGAAGGAAGUGUCCAUCAAAGAAGCUCUCAACUACAAGUUUAAUGAUCAGGAUAUUGAGGAGAUUGUGAAAGAGAAGGAAAGGUUCAGAAAAGCACCUCCAAAUUAUGCAAUGAAGAAAACUCAGCUUUUAAAGGAGAAGGCUAUGGCUGAGGACUUGGGGGAUCAAGAUAAGGCCAAACAGAUUCAAGAUCAGCUUAAUGAACUUGAAGAGAGAGCAGAGGCCCUGGAUCGUCAACGAACAAAAAACAUCUCAGCAAUCAGUUACAUCAACCAGAGAAAUAGAGAGUGGAAUAUCGUUGAGUCUGAGAAGGCUCUUGUGGCUGAAAGUCACAGCAUGAAAAACCAACAAAUGGACCCCUUUACUAGGCGACAAUGCAAGCCCACAAUAGUGUCUAACUCCAGAGAUCCUGCUGUCCAAGCUGCCAUCCUUGCCCAGCUAAAUGCAAAAUAUGGGUCUGGUGUAUUACCAGAUGCUCCAAAGGACAUGAGUAAGGGUCAAGGGAAGGAUAAAGAUGUGAACUCUAAAUCAGCCAGUGACCUCUCAGAAGAUCUUUUCAAAGUGCAUGACUUUGAUGUAAAGAUUGAUCUUCAGGUUCCCAGUUCAGCUCGUUGGUCCACUCUGUGUUCAGUAUUAGCCUGAGGUCUGGAUUUCCAUAGGAAUGUCUUGGUGGUUGCAGAAUCAGCACUUGGUGAUCUUCCCCCACAUACCACCACAGGCACGGUGAAUAAACAUUGGCGCAAGACCUUUGUGGCUGGAAGGUCAUCUGCACUUUCUUCCUCUUCUUCUUCCUCCUUCAUCCUAGCUUUGGAGAAGGGAAUCUUCAAAAACUGGCUUAGGUUCAAAGUGUAAAUUUUUUUGGGAGGGUCGUGUGACUUUUUUUCAGGUGUUUUUUAUCAUUUUUAAGCUGCAGUACUAUUUGUAUCCGUCUGUCACAGUUCUUUACGGCUGUUUUGAAUUUCUACCAGCUGUACUUGAGCAUCUGAAAUUGCAAGAAAGAAACUCAUUAAAUGUGAUUCUUCUUACUAAAACGGCUUGGCUGAUAAUAGCUGUUUAACUUCACGUUCCCUUUUUUAAUUACACGUAACUGAUGAGAGAGAGGCACACAGCUCUUCAUGUGGGACUUGUCAUCUAUAGCGCAUUUGGAGUCUCCAGCUGUAACUGAGUGGAGUAGCUUUUUCUGCGAUGGCCCUGGGGUGCUCAUUGGUUGGGCUUUAAUUCCUUCUCCAAGCCUCCAGUAUUAUGUAUUUGUAAGUCAUCAUGUCUUCACUGGGCUCCAGCUCACUUUGUUUCUUGCUUUGUGAACCAUUUAAACAGGGCUUCUAUAAACGAACGAACGAACAAAAUCACUUUGUGUGGAAGGGGAAGGACACAGUAAGGACAUAGUAGAAAGGUCAGUGGGUAAUGUAUGAGAGGUAGUUGAUGUCCAUUUUUCAUAUAUGAACUGGUACAAGUGGAGUGCAACACUAGCACAGGAAUUGUAUGGCUUUAUGGAAUAUUUGACUGGACACAAGGUGACAGCUAAAUUAUCACUCAGGUGUAAAAAAAAAAAUAAUAAUUUAGAAAAUCAAAGUGUAAAUAUAAGUGACAUUUAACAAAGAACUUUUCCAAACAAGAUGCAACUGAAUAUAUGGGGCUAAGAACUAAAUUAAAAGAGAAUUAGAAGUCUAAAAGGUUAGAGGCCCUCGUUCAGGUAAGCGUGCAAGCACGUGUUUGUUCCUACUCAGGCCAGUACGUAUCUAAUAACUUAAGCACUGAACUGGAUAGGAAUGUUUCUGGGGGACCCUGAAGAGGGAAAAUGCUGAUGCUCUUCUUGUGUCAGAGCAUUACUGUUUUUCUGAAAUCACACACUGGUUAUGUUUAAACCUGUGUUUGAUACUUUCUUGUUGGAUUCUUAAUGAAACUUUAAUCUAGUUCUUAUUUAACUUUCUCUUCCUUUUUUUUUUUUAACAGUAGCUUUAAAGAAACAUGUAAUUGUGUGCAGAUUGAUACUAUGAACUGUGUAUAAAAUGAAAACCUAUGAAGCAGCUCUUACCUACCAUGUAAGCAAAUAAUCCGAAGUCCUCCAGUACUUAUUUACUGAAUAGUCCAUGUUUCUAGGACACAUGUGGGUUAUUCUGUAAAUAUGUAACCAUAGACUGUUUUAUUUGGUGGCCUAUUUUAGCAGCUUCUCUGGAGUUGUAGUAGGCUCACGUAUAUGUACUUCUAACUUUUUAAGAGUGAAUUUAUGGAAUCUGCCAUACCAACUUCAUAGGAGACAUCAUGAUUCACUGUGUACAUAUGCAUUUGAUAUGAUUUUGGGUUUUUUUCUUUCCAACAGCUUCAAUGAUGUUACAGAUUUGUAAUAAAAAAAUUCUAAACUUAUUUUGCAAUAGCCAGUUUUCCAGACAAUCACUCUCCAAUGCUGUGCAGAGAUAAAUGCCAAAUCAAGCGAUUCAGGAACUGCUUUUACCACAGAAAUGCCUCAGAGCUCUGAGGUGCACUGACAAGUGGUCUCAAAAGGUAAAGUUAACUCAAAGUCAAUAUUUUUCAUAUGCUUGCCCUUGAUGUAUUGGUUUUAGGUAACUUCUACACUUGGUAACACAAGAAUAGUCUGUACUGCAGCCAAAAUGUCAAUGAGACCCGUACAGUGUUACAAGUAAUUUUUAGUCGAGAUAACCAGAACAGUGAGUUAAGAAUGCAGACCUGAAUGAUGGAUUAAUCUUAGUUAUCUGCAGCUAUGAAACUGCCACUUACCCUCUCAAAAUCUCUGGAUUAUGCUGAAAUACUGUUUUUAAGAGAGGUAACAGUAAAUUACCAUGCAAAUCUCUUAUAUUGAGAAUAAUACAUCAAAAAAUUACUCUUGAAUAGUUACAGAACUGUGUAUGAAAGCUGUAUCUUUUUUCCUUUAAGUGCAUGUAAAGGUGAGUGACUACACCUCCCACUUGUUAGAGAGGGAGAGAUUUGUUUGCUUUGUUUCACUGGUGUCCUAGCAUAGUUCAUCACAAUUGUACAGACUUCUAUAAAUAAACUUGGUUUGUUGGUUUAA